GCCCGAGCUUAGGGUGAUUGACUGAGUAGCGGUGAUGUGCUGACGGAGAAUGACCGUUGUUGAUUGGAAGUGAUAAAGUGAAUAAUGUACUAAUUAUUUUAGCGACUAACAGCAUAUUAAUUUAUUUCAAGUUUCUAGAACAUUAAAACUUAUUAUUCUAAUUAGAUUUGUUGUUGCCAUUGAAAGCUGUUCGGAAAAUGCCUACUUUUGUAGUAAAAGUAAAAUGGGGCAAAGAGCUGUUCAAAGAUGUGGAAGUCAAUACGGAUGAUGAUCCAUUGGUGUUCAAAGCCCAGUUGUUUGCCCUGACAGGUGUACAACCAGAGCGACAGAAAGUCAUGUUGAAGGGCAUGACCCUGAAAGACAAUGACUGGGGCAAUAUGAAGAUUGAUAAUGGAGCCAUGAUCCUGAUGAUGGGCAGUAAAGAGGAGGAUGUGCCAACUGAGCCAAUUGUCAAGCCUGUGUUUGUGGAGGACAUGAAUGAAGCAGAACUUGCAACUGCGAUGGACCUGCCAGCUGGUCUGGCCAACUUAGGCAACACUUGCUACAUGAACGCCACAGUCCAGUGUCUCAAAACUGUGCCAGAACUGAGAGAGGCUCUGGCCAAGUACGAAGGGGUGGUGAUGGGCAGCAGUACCCAGCCAGCUCAAAGUAUUACGGGAGCCCUGCGAGACCUGUACGUGGCCAUGGACAAGGGCCCCUCCAUUGCACCUCUGAUACUGCUGCAAGUCAUGCACAUGGCAUUCCCUCGCUUUGCAGAGAAGGCAGACAAUGGUAACUUCAUGCAGCAGGAUGCCAAUGAGUGUUGGAUGGAGAUGAUACGAAUGCUACAGCAGAAACUCCCAGCUAAGAAAAUUGACGAAACAACAGCUGCUUCAUUUGGCUCAAUUAUUGACCAGUUCUUUGGUGGAGUGUUCAGUGUGGAAAUGAAGUGUGUAGAAGCCCCGGACGAGCCCCCUACCAUCUCUACAGAGACCUUUCUACAGCUCAGUUGCUUCAUCUCCACGGAGGUCAAGUACAUGCAAUCUGGCCUACGGUCGAAACUUCAAGAACAAAUAACAAAACACUCACCAACACUAGGCAGAGAUGCUCAGUAUAUCAGAAUGAGCAAAAUCAAACGAUUGCCGGCCUACUUAACGGUGCAGUUUGUUAGGUUUUUCUACAAAGAGAGAGAAUCAGUCAAUGCUAAAGUUUUAAAAGACAUUAAGUUCCCAAUAGACUUUGAUGCUUUUGAAUUGUGUUCUCCUGAACUCCAACAGAAGCUCACACCCAUGAGGUCUCGUUUUAAGGAACAAGAAGACAAAGAAUUAGAAAAGGCAACAAAUUUAAAAAAUGUAGGACCUGUAGGUGAUAGUAAAAAGAAAGAAGGGAAAAAGGAACCAUAUUGGUUUGAAGAUGACCUGGGCAGUAACAACUCAGGGUUCUACACACUGCAAGCCGUGCUGACACAUAAAGGACGGUCUAGCAGCAGUGGUCACUACGUGGCCUGGGUGCGACAGAAAGGUGACACUUGGCUCAAGUGUGACGAUGACCAAGUGUCCCCUGUCACUACUGAGGAGAUACUCAAGUUGUCCGGUGGAGGUGAUUGGCACUGCGCUUAUGUGCUGUUGUAUGGGCCCCGGAUCUUGGAGACGCCACUGGAGGAGGAGACAAGUGCGCCUGCCAUCGAAUGUGCUGCCACAGCUAACUCCAACUGAUCAACUGCAUUUAUAUACCACUUGCCACGCUUGUUAUGUCAAAAAUAAAAAAAACCUUUUAUUUCUUAAA